AUGGCCGUUCCAGAACUACAGUGGGCUCAGGUCAAUGAGGGUGGAAGGCUCCAUUUCAAGCAGAUUCCCGUUCCUAAACCUGGCAAAGGAGAGGUGCUGGUAAACAUCCUCUACAGCGGUGUUUGUCACACGGAUUUUCACGCUCUCAAUGGCGAUUGGCCUUUUCCCCCAAAUGACCCGUUGAUUGGAGGCCACGAGGGUGCUGGCGUUGUUGUGAGCAAAGGCGAGUUAACAGAAGGUAUCGAGAUUGGAGACAAAGUGGGUGUCAAGGUUGGUAGCUGCUUAAUGAAACAUGCGUGUGAAUUCUGUGAAGAAGGAAACGACAUACUGUGUCCCACGGCGAAAUUCUCUGGCUAUACCACGAACGGGACAUUCCAGCAAUACUGUCUCGCCCAAGCUGCCACAGUUGCCAGGAUUCCAGAUGGGUGUAACAUGGCCGCAGUCGCGCCCAUACUCUGCGCCGGAAUCACGGUUUACAAAGGCCUGAAGACAUCCGAAUGCAAGCCCGGCCAGACUGUUGCUAUUGUGGGUGCAGGUGGCGGACUCGGUAGCUUGGCUCAACAAUACGCAAAGGCGAUGGGCCUCAGGGUCAUCGCCAUUGACGGAGGAGAGGAAAAGGGAAAGAUGUCGCUCGAGGAGUUGGGCGCGGAUACCUACAUCGACUUCCUGAAGAGCAAAGACAUAGUGAAUGACGUCAAGAAUGCCACUGCAGACGGACUUGGCCCUCACGGUGUUAUCCUCGUAUCAACUAGUCCAAAGCCGUUCGAGCAGGCAUCGGAGUACGUUCGCCCAAACGGAACCGUCGUCCCAAUUGGUCUACCGCCGGACGGCAAUAUUAAGGCUUCCGUAUUUUGGGGCGUCUUGAAGAUGUUGCGAAUUAAGUGCUCGUAUGUCGGCACACGCCGUGACACAGCAGAAGCUCUCGAUUUCUUCGCACGUGGGUUGAUCAAGGCUCCGUAUAAGCUUAUUGGACUCAGCCAGCUUCAGGAGGUCUACUCUUUGAUGGAAAAGGGCCAGAUUCUAGGCCGAUAUGUUUUGGACAUGUCAAAAUAG